UCUACUUUUUCUCUCAUGGCGCCGAGUAGAAGCAGAGAUGUGCAGCUCACUUCGAUCGCCGGCGCCGAAGACGAUGACGCCGGCGACUUGGAGGAGGUGCGGCUACUGGACUCCUACGAUUCCCGCGACGGAAUUGACGACGGCGGAAUGAGGCGGAUUCAGGUGAGGGUUACCGGGAUGACCUGCGCUGCAUGCUCCACCUCCGUCGAAUCGGCUCUCUGCGCCGUCGACGGUGUAAUUACCGCCUCCGUUGCUCUUCUUCAGAAUAAAGCCGAUGUAGUUUUCAACCCAGCUCUGGUCAAGGAUGAAGACAUAAAAAAUGCAAUUGAAGAUGCGGGGUUUGAAGCAGAAAUAUUACCAGAACCCAGCACAACUGGAAAGAUGCCACAUGGAACACUUGUGGGACAAUUCAUAAUCGGAGGUAUGACAUGUGCGGCCUGCGUAAAUUCUGUGGAAGGCAUUUUGAGAGAUCUUCCAGGGAUCAAGAGGGCUGUAGUGGCUUUGGCUACUUCGUUAGGCGAAGUUGAAUAUGAUCCGAGUGUAAUAGGUAAAGAUGAUAUAGUCAAUGCAAUUGAAGAUGCUGGUUUUGAAGGUUCAUUUGUACAGAGCAGUGAACAGGAUAAAGUAGUUUUUGAGGUGGUUGGUGUGUAUAGUCUGAUUGACACUCAAGUUUUAGAAGGUGUGCUUGGCAGCAUCAAAGGAGUAAGGCAAUUUCGUUUUGAUCAGAUAUCAGGUCAAUUGGAUAUUGUCUUUGAUCCUGAAGUUCUCAGUCCUAGAUACUUAGUUGAUGGAAUUGAAGGGGGAAGCAAUGGAAAAUUUAAAUUACGUGUUAGAAACCCUUAUACAAGGAUGGCUUCUAAAGAUGUUGAGGAGAGCUCAACUAUGUUUCGGCUCUUCAUGUCUAGUUUGCUUCUUAGUAUUCCUCUCUUCUUCAUGAAGCUAGUAUGUCCUCAUAUACCAAUGAUAUAUUCUUUAUUACUCCGGAGAUGCGGGCCUUUCCUUAUGGGUGAUUGGUUGAAGUGGGGAUUGGUGAGUAUCAUUCAAUUUGUGAUUGGGAAGCGUUUCUACAUUGCUGCUACCAGAGCUCUUAAAAACGGUUCGACAAACAUGGAUGUUCUAGUUGCUGUAGGAACUACUGCAUCUUAUGCUUAUUCUGUUUGUGCUCUUCUAUAUGGUGCUCUUACUGGAUUUAGGGCUCCAGUAUACUUUGAAACAAGUGCCAUGCUCAUAACAUUUGUAUUGUUGGGCAAGUAUUUGGAAUGCCUUGCCAAGGGGAAGACAUCAGAUGCCAUCAAGAAGUUAGUAGAACUUGCUCCUGCAACAGCUUUAUUGAUUAUCAAAGAUAAAGGUGGUAGAUCUAUUGAAGAAAAGGAAAUUGAUUCCUUGCUCAUUCAGCCUGGUGACAUGCUAUACUUGGGGAUCAAGUUAUGUCAAUGAAAGCAUGGUAACAGGGGAAGCUGUACCUGUUCAGAAGGAGGUGAAUGCAUCGGUGAUUGGUGGUACAAUAAAUUUGCAUGGUGUCCUUCACAUUCAAGCUACCAAAGUAGGAUCUGAUACAGUUUUGAGUCAGAUAAUUAGUUUAGUUGAGACAGCACAGAUGUCCAAAGCUCCAAUUCAGAAAUUUGCUGAUUAUGUUGCAAGUAUAUUUGUUCCUACAGUUGUUUCUUUGGCAUUAUUGACAUUUUUCUCUUGGUAUGGUGCUGGGUCAGUUGGAGCUUAUCCUGAGGAAUGGCUGCCGGAAAAUGGAAAUCACUUUGUUUUUGCUCUAAUGUUCUCAAUAGCUGUCGUAGUGAUUGCAUGUCCCUGUGCGCUUGGCUUGGCAACACCAACAGCUGUCAUGGUGGCGACAGGGGUUGGGGCUAACAAUGGAGUGCUAAUUAAAGGAGGAGAUGCUUUGGAAAGAGCUCAGAUGGUGAAGUAUGUGAUAUUUGAUAAAACAGGAACUCUGACACAAGGAAAAGCUAGUGUUACUACUGCCAAGACAUUCACAGGAAUGCAACGUGGAGAAUUUCUCAGAUUGGUGGCUUCUGCUGAGGCUAGCAGUGAACAUCCAUUGGCACAAGCAAUAGUAGAAUAUGCACGUCAUUUUCAUUUCUUUGAUGACUCUUCUGCUUCUAAUGGUGCCCAAAAUGGUGCCAAGGAGUUGAAAUCUGGGUGGCUUUUUGAUGUCUCAGAUUUCAUUGCUCUUCCUGGAAAAGGUGUUCAAUGCCUUAUAGAUGGGAAACCUAUUUUGGUUGGUAACAGGAAGCUCAUGGCAGAAAGUGGCAUAGAUAUCUCAGAUGAAGUGGAAAAUUUUGUGGUAGAGCUGGAAGAAAGUGCAAGGACAGGGGUACUAGUAGCAUAUGAUGGUAUAGUAAUUGGAGUCUUGGGGAUUUCAGAUCCACUAAAGAGAGAAGCAUCUGUAGUUAUAGAAGGACUCCAGAAAAUGGGUGUCAGACCUGUUAUGGUUACAGGAGAUAACCGGAGAACUGCUCGCGCUGUGGCCAAGGAGGUUGGCAUCCAAGAUGUUAGGGCAGAGGUUAUGCCUGCUGGAAAAGCUGAUGUUGUUCAAUCAUUCCAAAAAGACGGGAGCAUAGUAGCAAUGGUUGGUGAUGGUAUCAAUGACUCUCCUGCAUUAGCUGCUGCUGAUGUUGGUAUGGCAAUAGGGGCUGGAACAGAUAUUGCAAUAGAAGCUGCUGAUUACGUGUUGAUGCGAAACAACCUGGAAGACGUGAUCACCGCCAUCGAUCUUUCCCGGAAGACCUUCUCCCGUAUUCGGUUGAACUAUGUAUUUGCAAUGGUGUAUAAUGUUGUGGCUAUACCAGUUGCUGCUGGGGCUUUGUAUCCUUCACUGAGGAUCAAGCUGCCACCAUGGGUUGCUGGUGCAUGCAUGGCUCUAUCUUCUGUAAGUGUUGUAUGUUCUUCUUUGCUUCUCAGAAGAUAUAGAAGACCCAGACUUACUCAAAUACUUGAAAUAGUUGUAGAGUAAUAGGAAAAAUAGCUGAGAAUAAUAAUGUGUUUAAUUAUCUAAGGAUAGAAAUGAGUUUGGUUGGAACUUGUAAUUCCAGUUUUGUUGUUGAUCCUUUGAUUUCAUGAACUUUCUGGGGUGCCAAUGUAAUUGUAGAUGACUAGAUGCCAAUUUAGUUGUAAUUGUAAAUCUAAAUGUGUUGUACUGCAAUUAUAGUUGUGUACCUGUACUAUUAUCUUCUCCCGAAAGGACAUGCACAAAUGUCAGUUAGAUUUGUCA